GAGCUCACAGGGUGAACACCGGCGGAGGAGCGGGACAGCCGCACACACAACAUGUACUAUCAACGGCACCUGCGAACUAUGCCAAGAUUGCUGUGAAUCUCUGAGUGAAGAUGGCCUUCUUUCAGAACAACUUCUGGGGGGAGAAGAAUGCCGGCUUUGACGUGCUCUACCACAACAUGAAGCAUGGCCAACUGGCAACCAAGGAGCUAGCCGAGUUUGUCCGCGAGAGGGCUGCCAUCGAGGAGACCUACUCCAAAUCAAUGAGCAAACUGGCAAAAAUGGCGAGCAAUGGAAGUCCACAGGGGACGUUCGCUCCCAUGUGGGAUGUGUUCAGAGUGUCUUCAGACAAACUGGCCCUCUGCCACCUCGAGCUGAUGCGAAAGAUGAACGACCUGAUCCGAGACAUCAAUAAAUACGGAGACGAGCAGGUCAAAAUUCACCGCAAGACAAAGGAGGAGAUGGUGGGGACGGUGGAGGUGGUUCAGGUGCUGCAGGUCCAGAGCGGUCACCUCCAGAAGUCUAAGGAGGGGUAUCACGCCAAGUGUCUGGAGCUGGAUCGACUCAGGAAAGAGGGAGCGCCGCAGAAGGAAGUGGAGAAGGCGGAGCUGAAGUCUAAGAAAGCGGCCGAGUCAUUCGCGUUGUGCAUCGAGAAGUAUAAUCGUGUGGGAGGAGAGUUUGAGCAGAAGAUGAGCGAGUCGGCUCAGAAGUUUCAGGAAAUCGAGGAGACCCAUUUGCGGCAGAUGAAGCAGCUCAUUAAAGGUUACUCCCACUCCAUAGAGGACACCCAUGUGCAGGUGGGACAGGUCCAUGAGGAGUUCAAGCAGAACGUGGAGAACAUCGGCAUCGAUAACCUCAUCCAGAAAUUUGCAGAGCUGAAAGGGACGGGCAAAGACCGGCCGGCUCUGGUUUGUUUUGAGGAGUACAUGACAGCUUUGGCACCUGAAGGAGGGAAGAAGAGUCGAGCUAAAGCUUUCAGGAUCCCCGGCCUCGGCAAGAGAGACAAAGAGCCAGACUCCACGGAUUCAGCCGUGACGGAGGCACCGAAUUCACCCCUGGAAGUCGACGACGAGGGCUUCGUAAUCCGAGCUGACAGCGCCCAGAAUGGCUGUGCCGAGGAGAAGGAAACCAACUUCUACUCCAGCGACUCCGACUUCGACGACGAGGAGCCCAAGAAGUUCCACAUCCAGAUCCGGCCGGUUGCCAGUAGCAACCGAAGCAGCUCGGCCGCCACGGAGAAGGAACUGAAGGCCACCGUGGGGGCGCUCACCCUCCCACCCAACAGGGGGGCACGGCAGCAGGUGUCAGUCAAAAGGCAUCUCUCCAGAAACUCCAGUACAGCAGGAGGCCGAUCGGAGGAGGCCGAGGGCGUCUCACACAGGGAUGGAGAGCAGGACGGUCUUCGCAGAUCCACGUCCAGUCCUGAUCACAGCAGGUUGAGUUCAACAGCCUCUGGUUCUGACAACCUGUUCGGACCCCCGCUGGAGACGGCCUUCAAGUCCAAAAGCUUUGAUGGUCGUGAAGCCCUAAGAGAGCAGAACGCCUUCAGAGCCUCUGAAUAUGCUGCCUUCUCCUCUGACUCCUCGUCCCCAGAGAACGUGGAGGACUCUGGCCUGGACUCUCCUUCCCAUCAGCCCCUGGGCCCCUCCCCUGAGCCGGUGGGCUGGGCGGCGUGGCCCCCCAUGUCUCAGUGUAAAAAUCAGACUCAAACUCUGGGGCGACCCGUGGACCCUUUCCUCUCCGCCUUCCGUGACCCCUCCCCGGGUUGCAGCCCCCACUCGCAGGACGACCCUGCGAGCGCGUGGUCGGUGGCGGCGUCUCGUCCGUCCCGCGUCCCCCCAGAGGUGGACCCCACAUCGAUGCGUUUCCCGGCCUUCUCUCAGUCCUUCCCCACGCCUGAGGUGGAGUCGUCGGUGUGGAACUGCAAACACAUCCCACCGGAGGACCCCUUCCUCGCCGCUUUUGAGAGGACGGUCACUCAGGAGACUCUAAACCUGUCGGACGCCUGGACACGCCCACCGCCCCGCCCCGCUCAGGACGGCAGGGGGGCGGAGGUGCGAGGCGACCCGUUUUCCGUUAACCUCGUCGACACUAAGACCCUCCCAAACGCCUCCUCCUCGUCCGCCGCGUCGUCGUCCUCCAACCGUAAAGACAGAGACAGGAAACGGGACCGGAGCCUCCCGCCCCCCGUGACCUCCGACGACCCCUUCGCCAUCACCAUGAUCGGCAGCCCCACCCACCAGUCCUCUCUGGCCGCGGCUGCAGGGAUGAUCCCCGCCCACGGCAGCAGCAGUGGUGCAUCCAACAGCAACAGACUGGGCCUGGACGCCGGUCCUGGUUCUGGUCCUGGUUCUGGUCCUGGUUCCGGUCCUGGUUCUGGCUCUGCACCAGCGGCUCAGCCAAAGAAGGAGCUGAUCCACUGGAACUCAGUCCACAACCCGUUCAGCGAAGGCGUCGCCGGAGCUCCGAGCAGCUCCAAGACUCAGGAAGGAGGAGGAGGAGGAGAGAGGAGAAAACAUCGAUCAUCGGAGAGCGAGCCGCGCAGGAACGCCCCGCCCCUCACGAGGCAUUCAGGGCCCCAGGAGGAUCUGUGUUUUUCCACUGACAAAGACCAAGACUGCCUGGAUCUGAACACUCAGCUCCCCUGCACCAUCAGCUCCCAUAAGGGUUCCAAACAUAACUUCAGACAGGACACUGAAGUGGUCUCAGCUCCGUCCAGGACGACUCGGGCCAAAAGGACGUCGGGUCGACUCAGCGGCUGUGAACGGUCUCGUUCUUUAUGCUCCUCCCCCCUGCCGGAGCCCAGCCCCUCCCUCACCUCCUCCUCCUCUUCCAGCCCCAGCGAGUGGGGCCCCCAGGCCAGAGACGGCGAGUGGGGGGGUCAGAACAGAGCCCCCAGUCCUGCCAGGGUGGGCCAAGCCUCUCCGCUGCCGUACCAGCACCAGGACCACGGCCAGCGCCAACUCCACCUGUCCAGGGGUCCCAGUCCCAUCUCCCUCAGCACCCAGGAGGCGUGGCCUGUGGCGGCGGCCAUAACAGAAUACAUCAACGCCUACUUCAAAGGCGGACAACACAACCGGUGUCUGGUGAAGAUCACAGGGGACCUGACCAUGUCCUUCCCAGCAGGCAUCACCAGGAUCUUCACGGCCAACCCCAACGUCCCCGUGCUCAGCUUCAGACUGGUCAACAUCUCACGGAUCGAUCACUUCCUGCCCAAUCAGAAGCUGCUCUACAGCGAUCCGUCUCAGAGCGACCCCGACACCAGAGACUUCUGGUUCAACAUGCAGGCCCUGCAGAUCUACCUGCAGAGAGAGGCCGACCUCAACCCUCAGGCCUCCUACUACAACGUGGGCCUGCUCAAGUACCAGGUGUCCUCUCAGGACCCGGGUCGGGCUCCUCUCCUGCUGUCGGCUGAGUGCCAGCGCAGUGGGACGGUGACCCGGGUCUCUCUGGACUACCACUGCUGCCCCGCCACGGCGCCCUCCACCCAGCUCACCGCCGUCCAGGUGCUGCUGCCGCUGGACCACACCGCCACCGACCUGCAGUGUCAGCCGCCGGCGUCCUGGAACACAGAGGAAAGACGACUGCUGUGGAAACUGCCAAACCUGUCCCCGACCAAUCACAGCAAAGGUUCAGGGACGUUGUGUGCCAGCUGGCAGUGCCUGGAGGUCCCUCGUGGUUCCCCCCCCAGUCUGGCCGUUCAGUUCGUGGGCUCCGGGGCGUCGCUGUCCGGUAUGGACGUGGAGCUGGUGGGCAGUCGCUACCGCAUGUCGCUGGUCAAGAAGAGAUUCGCCACAGGGAAGUACAUGGCAGGCUGCUCCUUGUGAACUGAAGGACGGUGGGAUUCCUCCUGAACGGACCGCGGCUGUGGCUUCACACAACGUUGCACUUUUCUUUUCCCUGAGACUGAACGAAGGAGGUACAGACAGACGUCAGCGGCAGACGCACUGGACAGACUGGGCCUCCAAGGACAAUGUGCACUUACUUCUGACGGACUCCUGCUGAUUCACCACCGGGCCUGUUCUUGGUUUCACUCUUUACUCUAUUUUCAGUUUCGUGUCGUACAUGGAGUCGUUCUGCCUUUUCCAGGAGCUCUAAUCCUUUUCUAUUGAAUCUCCUCUGUUUGGUGUGUUCGGUGUGCCUUCGUUUUAAGAGACGGCGUUCUAGAGGUCAGAACCGUUCCUGAACCAGAGGACAAACACCUAAGCUUGUUACUGUCAGAAAAUAAGAGUUGCCAUGGUGACUAGGAUUUUUAAAGUCUGUAAAUAAUGUCUUGAAAACCCCUCGAAACUAAAAGAAUAAAUCAUUUGUGAGAAAAUAUCCGCUA